AUAUUAGAAAUUAGCUGCAAACCUAUAGCACACUGUAGGAGCGGAGUGGUCCCAAUGCUAAUAUUCUCCGAUAAAAACUGGCGAUAGUAAUUCAUUAUUUGCAAUAGUGGGUGGAAUUAAAACAGAACUAUUUGUUCGAUUUUAGUGUUUAUGAUAUUAAAAGAAAGCAUGGUUUGAAGAGUGUGAACCCGAAAACUGUUCUCCCUCUCUCCCUCUUCGAGUAACCGAUUCGUUCGUUGACAAUAAUCUUUUUAUUUAUUUUUACACUUGGCAAGAUAUAUUGAUUAAAUUCGGAUCGAAAGACUCCAGAAGAUUUCAACGAGUUGCUAGAUCUCCAACUUUCAAAGUGUACAACGGGUCCUUCCGUAGUCUUGACUCUUUGGGAAAAAAAAUAUUUUCCAUAUAGUUUAGGCAGUGUCAGCUUCUUAUUUGAGACUCUACCAGACUCUAAGACAAUUACAUUCUCAGACUGGAAUUAUUUCAAAGUGGAGCGUAAGAGAAUCUGCUUAGGACGGCUGUCUUAGGGGACAAGCUUUUAUGACUUGUUUGGAUUUAUAUGUAUUUUUAUGCCCGCUUUGUGAACUCCGCUGAAUGAUAUCUGUGUACUGAGAACUAAUUGCAAAAACUUUUCCCGAGAUAUCCAAGGAUUGUUGUUUAUUUUAAAAAAGAUAGCAAACUGGAAGUGGAAUCUCGAAAAUUGUCAAACGGUUAAUUAUUACACAAGGAAACGAAUUAGGAAAACUAUUCAAACUUGAGUUACUCUUUUACUGAAUAAGGAUGUACAGAUUAUUUUAUGCGAACAAAUACCUAAUUGUGUGAGGGGAACCACAGGCCAAAUGGUUUUAAACGUUUUCUUUACCGUUCAGCUAUGGCUAUUUCUUCUUCAUUUAAGGGGUAUCAACACCUUGUAUUUCACCCAGCUGUCCUACAGAUUUAGCCCAGCAAACUCCGUCAUUGGGCGGAUCAUAGCAUUGCCUAACGCCACAUCACCGACAGAAUGUAAAUCUGGUUCUCUAAGAUACAGCAUACAUGGUGUCAGUGAUGCAUCAGUCACAGUACUUAUAGACCAAACGGGAUGGAUUCGAACCGCAUCCCCGAGCAGAGACAAGGAAGACUUCCGCUUUACUGUUCGCGUAGAAUGUGGUUCAGGAUUUCGAGUGGAAUACGCUGACGUCACAGUGAAUGUAGGAAACGACGGAGACUGUGAUUUUAAACAACAGUCGUCUGUGGAGAGAGCUCGUUUACAAAGAACCGCUAAAUAUUUCUGUUUUCAAAGAGAACCCAUCAAUAUAUUUGUUGAAGAGAGAAAUAAAAAUAACAUUGUAGGCCAUUUAUCGAAAUGUCUUCAAAAUGUGUCUGGGAAUGCAGUAAAAAGGACGUAUUACACCAUUUCAGAUGCAUUUAAAAUUGAUGAAGUUACAUCAGAAAUUCGACUGAUUCGCGAGCUGGACAGGGAGCAAGACACCAACCUGAUUUCAGUGGACAUCACAUGUGACAUCGACUUUGUUCAAAUGGAAAUGAAUUUUGUGAACACGGCGACGGUGCGCUUACAUGUUUUAGACGUUAACGACAACCCGCCCAUGUUUCAUGACACUAUGACGAAGGAAAUUAACGCGGGGAACUCCCGGGAAGUCGAAGAAGUGAUUGUGGACAAGGAUACCAGCGACUUUUCUAGGCAUGAUAUACGGGUCCUGGAAGGACAGCAAUACUGCCACCCACUUCCGGUUAAGUGCUUUGAAGUGAAACCUGACAACAGUGUCUGUAACUGUCCGCACACCGUCUGUAGAUUAAAAGUAAACAUCACUCGACCAGAAAACAUUGACCAAGGCAAUGACCUUUAUUGUAAAGUUCAAGUUAAUGACCCGACAAUGAUACCUUCGCCAGACUUCAAGGCCGACGGGGCCCUUCUGACCAUUGUAAUUCCGUCAGAAAAAUCUAGAAGGCCAGUCCAAGAAUCUCCAGUCAUCUUUUACACCAAGAUCUCAAGAAUGGCAUCUAGAUAUGCUAAGGUAUAUGAUUUUCCAAACCAGAAGAGCGACGCCUUUGCUUUAUCCAGAGAGUCCAGCCGCGCUUUCCACGUCACGUUUUCUUCUGGGAUAGUGUAUGUUGAUGACGUCACAAUACUACGCAAAUUAAACUCGCAAGUGAACUUGACGAUUAAUCAUGCCCCACAUACUAUCACACUUGUUGUGAAUAUAGAAGGGCCUCUACGUCCUAUCGAUGACAACCAAUGCAAUGUAACUUGUGCAAGCUACAUGGAAGCUACUUCGUGUAACUCGGGCUGUGGCCUCGGUUCCGUAAAUGGAAGGUGUCGCUGGCGAUCUGGAGACGAAAGGAGCUAUUCCCGAAAUUUCUCCACGUGUGUAUCGGACUUAUCCACCUGUACCGACCACGUGUGUGAUGAAAGAGAAAUUUUGAACAUCCUCCUCUGUCCUCAAGACUGCACAAGAACCACGAUAAGAGGAGAAGGUAAUUUGAAUGGUAAAUACACUCCUCCUCGUGGCAUUGACUCUGGGACAAGUCCUUGUUGGUGUGAUUACGCUGGGGAGUGCUCGUGUUUUAGACCCUCAUCAUUCCAGAAUGUCCCCACAUCCCACAUAACAUCAAGGGUCGAGCCAAAACGACCAAUCAGGAAAAACAGCAUUGAAACUAGUCCAGAAAAACCAGACUUCUCAGACUAUCCUUUUAAACCAAAAGUCUCAUCUUCCACAGCACAGUCACAAAGAGACUCGGAUAUCGGGUGUGACUGGCACUGCCGCACCACCAUUGCUGCCGUCACGGGAUGUGUAGGAGCCAUUGUCUGCGUCAUCAUCCUUACAUGGCGGCUGAGAAGGCUCCAUUGUCAAAAAGGUCAACCCCUGAAACACGUGGGUAGUUCUGCAUCUAUUUCCGGCGUCCCUUCGGAAUAUCAUGAGGAUUAUCGGAGUCCACAUAGAUCCCCACAAUGGUCCCCAAAACGAUCACUAGGAUACAAUGUGACAAGGGAGGAUUGCAAGUGGGAAUUUCCUCGCGAUAAAUUGAUGCUAGACGAGACCAUUGGGGAAGGAGAGUUUGGACGGGUUGUGAAGGCGAAGGCCUACGGAAUGGAUGUUCGAGAGGGCUAUAAAUGUGUUGCUGUCAAGAUGCUGAAAAAUUGUGAUUCCAGCGGAGAACUGCAGGAUUUAUUGUCAGAAUAUAACCUACUGAAGGACAUUGACCACCCUAACGUUAUAAAACUCCUGGGAGCCUGCACCAGAAACGGUCCAUUCUACGUGAUAGUAGAGUACUGUGAACAUGGCUCGCUCCUGCAGUAUCUCAGAAAUUCGAGACUGGAGGAGAACGGUUACAUAAACCAUAGGAGUAGGCGUUACUUCAUGUCUCAGUCGGAGAGCGGAGAUUCUACAGAACCGCAGCUAUUGAAUAUCAGAGAUCUGCUGUCGUUUGCAUGGCAAAUUUCGAAAGGAAUGCAAUAUCUCAGUGAAAUAAAGCUUGUACACCGAGAUUUAGCUGCUAGAAACGUCUUAGUUGGUACAGGAAAAGUCUUAAAGAUAUCUGAUUUUGGUCUUACCAGAGAUGUGUAUGAAGCCGAUACCUAUCUCAAAAGAAGUAAAGGAAGGAUUCCCGUCAAAUGGCUGGCACCAGAAUCCCUAUAUGCCCAAGUGUAUACCACUCAGAGUGACGUGUGGUCGUUUGGCAUUGUUUUAUGGGAAAUCGUCACAUUAGGUGCUCCACCCUACCCAGGCAUUCCACCAGAGAGAUUAUACAGCCUACUGAUAGCAGGGUAUCGAAUGGAUCGGCCAGACGGGUGUUCUGAUGAAUUGUAUGCAGUGAUGCAGAAAUGUUGGAAAGCAGAUCCUACUGAACGACCAAUCUUUGCAAAUUUAACUGCCAUAUUUGACGGAAUGCUUCAGCAGAGAACUGAGUACUUGGAGCUUACUGGAGGUUUCGAAAACGUUGAUACAGAUCUUUUUGACAGAUGCCCGGAUGCAAAUGAACACAGACGAGAAGGAAAUAUUUCAACGGAAAGAAAAGAACCUCGACUGUCGGUAAAAGACGAUAGUGGAUACGGGGAUCCGUAUUUGACCCCGGCAUCGCGGAGUGAUAUGACACUGGAAAGAUGCACUGUGCAGCAAUGUGAAUCUAGUCAUGAGAGUGGUGUUCAAACUGAUGGAGAAAAUGUAGCUUUACUGUUAGAAUGCCGAACGGCUGUAUUCUCAAAUUCAAUAGAAAGCGAGGAUGAGGAUGACAAUGUUAUCCUGAAACAACCGUUCGAAGUUGUGGCGUAGUGUGCAAAAUGUCUCCGAUUUGACCUCUCUGACACCGGAGUUAUUUGGUUUGGGUAAUUCGUAUCAAUGCAGGAUACAAAUAUCGUGUGCUUCAGUAAAAAAAAAAAAACCCACCCCCAUUCACCAUUCACUGAUGGUGAGCUACGGUACAUGAAGCUGGCCAUGGUGUAUAAAAAUAUCAUGCGACAUUGUUUUUAAUUUUCGUUACCUUAUUUUAAGUAUUCACUACACUCAACAACAGUGAAAAUAAUACAGCGGUAUGUCUGGAAAGAAUGCUCUCCCUUUCUCACAUCGCUUUGCUGGUACGAUAUCUAUAUAUUGUUUAGUGCAUCUUUCAUGCUUUGACAAAUUUUUGACAGAAUUCCUUUAGUGGAUUCAAAUAUUUUCAGUGAUACUGUUAACGUUUAUUUACCUUUUCCUAUAGCAUGAAUAUGUCAUGUAUAUUUGAAAGGGUAUUGAUUUAUUUCCCAAUACAUGACUUAUAAACAGCACAUGGAUGAUUUGAUAUCUACGAAGUAUACCGACAACUAAACCCUGGUCAGGGCAUCUAAAGUGAUAAUUUAAGCUAAGAUAUAUUCCUUCCUUUACAACCAUUGAUCUAUAUACUUGUAAUUAAUAUUGUCUUUUGAGAAAAUUAAUCGAUGGUAAAUGAAUAUUGACCGGGCAUCCAUUACUGGAAUUUUAGUCCCAAACUCUCAGGGGGCCCUUAGCUUACUCGAGUAGUUACAUGUAGAGAUGUUUUAGACGAUAAAACAUGUUUUUGUCAUCUUUACAACCAUUGCUAGAAAUGAUAUCAUUAUUAUUUGUUCUGGAGUGGACCAGAUUUGAUUUGUGAUGAUUGUGGAAAAAGAGAAAAAUGAUAUAAAAUUCUAUCAUGGAUCUUUAUAACGGUUAAUGUUUGCAAGGAAAAGUGGCGUUACAAAAGCAUCUCCAUCUUGAAAGAUAGGUAAAUUGUAGAUGACUUUCGUACCUUUGUAUCUGGCUUUGAAUGUCAAACUGAGGAUAAAACUAUCAUACAAUGCCUGAGCUGGUCAUUAAUUUUUGCUUUAUUCUUCUGAUGAAACGACAGAUUUCAUUGUCGAACGCAUUUACUUUGAUUAUUAAACACUGACGAAAAAUUUCCAAACAUACUGGUAUUUUCAUGUACGAGCCCUCGUAUAUUUAAGCUGUUGGAGCCUGUGACAUGACGGCGGUUCUGACAAUUUAUGAAUAUCAAAAACCCACAAAAUUUAAAGUCUUGAUAAAGGCCAUGAAACGGAAAAAUACAUGUAUUUCGGAUUAACUUUCAAUGACCUGAAUUCAAGACCAAGAUUUGAUUCCGAUAUAUUGAAUUUUCUUUUAAUAUAGAGAAUAAAAUCACACGAUGCUACUUGAUAUUGAUGUAUGUGUAUUCUGUCUUCAAGUCAUUUUCAUUAAAUAUCUUGUUAUCACCUUUA